AGCGGCCAGCUCGACUGUGUCGAGCGCUAUCCUCAGCGUAGGCGAGCGCAGAGGAGUCGUGAAGGCUGUUUCUGUAGCCUCAAGGCCUCCACAGUUCUCAUUUGAAUCGCUCUCGCACUGCGAGCUCGUCUGUUACGGCCACACAACUACCUGUGGAAACCCUCUGCUGGCCAGCCAAUCCACACGCCGCGGCAGCCAUGUUCGGCAAACGCGCACCACCCGCGGUCGAACACGCGCCCGGCUCCUACGCCGCGGUCCACGCCAAGUUCGCGCAGUACCACCAGUUGCCUGGCAACUGUAACGCGCACGCGUUCACGCUGUUGCUCGGUCUCCUCGGCACCGCCGGUCUCAUUAUCCGAGGCUGCGUCUCCCUGAGCAAGGACAAACAGAGAGCAAAUGUUGCGCGCGCCACGGCCGCGAGCGUCUGGCUCGCCUACGCCGUCGCCCUCUUCGCGACGGACGUGCCGAAUCUGCUGGCGGCGAAGUGCGCCUGCGUGCUCUUCGUCGUCUCCAUAGUGUCGUUGCGGCUCGACCUGGGCUGGGCGGCGUCCGUCGUACUCGUUGUGCUGGGCUACGGCUUGCAGGACUUAGCUCAUAUCAUCUAUGGAGAAGAGACGCUCCAAGCCAACAGCUGGGGCGCUGCAGAUGUCCAGGCUACGGACAUGAUCUCGAUGUUCUUCGAGCACGUCGUGUACCUGCUCCCGUUAACUGUGGAGUCGGCGUCGUCCACGAUCCAAGCUGUCUGUACGCUCUUACCCGCUCUGUUGGUGGCGUGGGGCAACCUGUCGAUAGACUCGGACUCGCUGCCUGGCCUACCCUUCCUGCCGGCCAAGAGCCGUCUGUUACAGGGCAAAUUCACGUCCCCAGAGGACGUGAGAGACCUGAAAGCGUGCCGUACCUGGUGCGUCCAGAAGGGUCCGAACCACGACAUGACGUCGCACUGGUGGAUGUCGGAUCUCGACGAGCCUACGCUCAAGGCCUUCGAGAGGUUAGCGACGGGCAAGGUCGUCGACGACUUAUUUAGGACCAAGUUCAGCAAGGCGGGCUACGCGCUGGAACCCGUAAGGGGCAUGAACGAGCUCUACGUAAGCGCCCCGUGCCGCCGCGACGAGUCCAGCAAGAAUUCGGACGACGUGUUCUUCACGGAGCACGUCGACGGGCCGUACUGCUUCUUUCCGUUUGCGUCGGUGUUCCGGUGUAUCGUAGCCAUGGACGCGAACGUCGCGGGCUAUGAAACGCACUUUCCCAACGCCCACGCGGACUGCCAGGCCGUCGAAGGUGAUAUUCUCGGGUUCGACUUCCACCGCGAGUCGCAUUUCAUCUCGACGAAGCCCGGCGGCGCCUGGCACCCGGACAACGUCGAAGCCCUCAAGCAGGACCCCACCCAAAAAUGGCGCAUGAUCCUCAAGCUGCACUACGCCGUCGCGCCGCGAGGGCUGUGGUGGUGCUGCGGCAAGCCUUUACAUUGGUUGUCUACCAAGUACAACGAGGCGUUCCGCGCGCUCUUUCUGGCCACGAUCGCGCCCCAGUCGAAAUUUGAGAAGUUCGUGGCCGACUUAGGUGUGAACGGUACCACCGUGGCCUACAACGCCGUCGAGAAGUACGUGGGCUUCGGCAACGUGUGCUUCUACGCGGCGUUGGCCUUAUUGUCGUCGGUGACGUCCUACGACGUCUUCCUGUACGGGACGCAGUACCUCCAUUACCUGAGAUAUAUCUGUACGUACUACGUCCGCAAAGGCGUGGCGUUCGGCGCGUUCAAGCGGGACGUGUUGCUAUUUAAAUCAAUUGCUCUCAUGCAAUUAUUCGCUUUAUACGCGUCGCCGCUGUGGAAGGAGACGACGUGCGAGCCGGUGCCCUGCUUCCGGCCCGACUCUCUGGUUCUGAUCAUCGCUGGCUACUUUGUCAGCCUGUGCGCGACUGCGGCGCUCGGCGUCGACGGAACCUACUUCGGCAUCGAGCUGGGCGUGGUCAAGGCGGACUACAAGUUCGUGACCAAAUUCCCCUACAACGUGCUGCCGCACCCCAUGAUCCUCGGCCAGGUCGUCGCUUUGCUGGGUCUGCACGUCGUGCCGCAAGUCGGCGCCGCGAGGCCGUACCUGAUCCCGAUUCACGUCGCGCUCUACCUCAUCCACAUGACGCAGGAGAUCUACGACGUCCACGACGGCAUCCCGUGGUACAAGCGCAAGGAGGUCUCCAAGCUGGCGUAGGUCGCGUCGCGGGUAAAUAUAGAAUUGACAC